AUGUCGCAAGGCCGGGAGCGAGAAGAGAACGUCUACAUCACCGCCGGCGCGUCCCUGUCUGUGAGAUGGGUCCAAGGAUUCCCUAAGCAGAAUGUUCAUUUUAUCAACAAGAGCACCAUCUGCUACCCUUGUGGGAAUUUUGUAAUAUUUAUUAAUAUCGAAACCAAGAAAAAGACUGUACUCCAGUGUAUGAAUGGAGUUGUGGGUGUCGUGGCAACUAACGUUCCUUAUGAAGUUGUGGCUUUUUCUGACCGGAGGCUCAAACCUAUCAUCUACAUAUACAACUUUCCUGGAUUGACCAGAAGGAACAAAUUAAAAGGCAAUGUUCUUCUAGACUACACUUUACUUUCAUUCAGUUACUGUGGCACCUACCUGGCUAGUUACUCCUCUCUCCCAGAAUUUGAACUGGCCCUUUGGAACUGGGAAGCAGGUGUCAUUUUGUGCAAGAAGUCACAACCUGGUGUGGAUGUAAGCCAGAUGACUUUUAACCCUAUGAACUGGCGCCAGCUGUGCUUAUCAAGUCCAAGUGCAGUGACUGUGUGGACCAUUGAAAGAUGUAACGAGGAGCAUCAUCUCAAAGCGAAGUCAGUAAGACUUCCUACGGAAGAUGGGUCAUUUUGUAAUGAAACCGAUGUAAUUUUCCCCACCUCAUUGCCCAAGGAUCUUAUCUAUGGACCUGUGCUCCCACUGUCAGCCAUUGCUGGGCUAGUAGGAGAAGAGGCAGAAACUUUCAGGCCUAAAGAUGAUCUAUAUCCUUUGCUUCACCCAUCUAUGCAUUGCUGGACUCCAACAAGUGAAAUAUAUGUUGGCUGUGAAGAGGGUCAUCUUUUAAUGAUUAAUGGAGAAACCUUGAAGGUGACUUUACUUAAUAAGGUAGAAGACACAGUACCAAAGGAGGGAAGAAAUCUUAUCAGUCCAGUCACCAUGGUAUAUCAGAAGGGAGGCAUGCUGAUUUCUGGAAUUGAUGGCUUUGUGUAUUCUUUUAUUAUUAAAGAUUUAACUUACAAAGUAGAGGAUUUUCUAGAGAUUGAAGAGCCUGUGGUACAUAUGAUGUUUUCUCCAAAUUACCGCAUGUUGCUGAUUCAAACAGUCAAGGGAUCUGUUUAUAUUUACACUCCUGGUGAGAAGCCGACAUUUGAUAAAGUCCUAGAGGCUUGUGAUGGGAAAUUUCAGGCAAUUGACUUUAUCCCACCCAGAAAUGAAUACUGCAUGACACUCACCCAUUCAGGGGAAGUUUGUGUUUGGUAUACAGAAGAUGGUACUUGUGCUAGCAGGAUUUAUCUGAAUACCCCAGCAACAGUGCUGGCUUGCUCUCCUUCCUCCCUCUCUGCCGCCGUGGGCACCACGGGGGGCUCCAUCCACUUCCUCGAUGUCAGGGAUGCUGAGGCGCCUCAGGCUGUUCACAAGGCCUUCCCCUCUGAAUGGUCUGUGCAACACCUCCUUUAUGACCAGCAAGGGAUCUAUCUAUUAGCUGGAACAUCAGAGGGCUACAUCUUUGUUAUCAAUGCCAAUCCAUCAAGCUCAUUUCAGAUCCUUGGAUUUGUAGAGGUGAGCAAAGACAUUUUACAAAUAUCCACAGUGUCUCUUUUGGAAACAGACAUAGUAGAAGUGAUGGUGCUUUCCCCACUUCCAGAAACAGGAAGAAGCAGAUUGGAAAUAUUUACUCUGCCUAAAAUACUACCACGAGUUUCUGCGAGCUUUACUGAUGAAAGAGGGAGGCUGAAAGAUGAGCUCAUUCAUAGGUUCCAGUAUGAGACAGAACACAGCCUGUCCUCCGCCGUGCUGGACUUUCAAAGUCAACAAAUAUAUGGCUUCUGUAACCAAGUGUCGUACAUCUGCAGCUACCUUCUUCCUGAAAAAGUACACAGUGGUAUUUGCAUUCUUAAGCCAUACCAAAAAGUGCAAAGCAAACACUAUGGACCCGGAAUGCUCUCUCUGUCUUCACAUGGGUUGUGGCUCAUAACAAUAGCUAAAGGUGGAAUUCUGUGUAUCCGAGAUGUUCAUACUUUGGAAACGUUUGCUCGAAGUCGGAGUCAUUCUCACCAGGGGCAUGGUAUUCAAUCAGUGAGAAUUUCAAUGGAUGGACAAAACAUUCUGGUGAAUGGGAGAGAUGAUGGCACCCUUGUUUACCUAAAAUGGAGGCGGCUUGGAGGAAACCUAGCCAGUGACAUUAUCCAUUAUUCCCAGAAACUUUCAAUUUCUCUGAGCAACACCAUGAAUGAGGAGAAUGAAUAUUUAAGUAUACAACAAGGAGAGUCCUUGAAUUUGGAAUCAAAAUCUGAACAUACAAUAAAUGAAAAUAUGAAGCCAAGCGUUGAUUCGUCACAGGAGGAAUUAGUCCAAGUUGAUAACAUAAAGGAAAUUCCCUGGAUACAACAAAAAAGCGAAGAGGCCAUCAAAAAUGAGGUGAAACUGUUUUCCAGAAAAAGGAAAGAGAUAAAAACAGGAAUCAAAGCACUUGCUAAAACUGUUCUGGCUAUGAUGGAAGAAAAUGAAACAGUAGAUAAUAUUGCAAAAUUAGACCAAAAGGAAUUUGGCCUAGAUCUUGAAGAACUGGAAAGGCUUCAUGAUGAAAAUGAGGAAGAAGUGGCAAAGAUAAGAAAGGAUGCAGAGAUGCAAAACCUCGCCAAGGCCUAUCUGUCUGAACUUAUUAAAGAAGAAUGCUGGAAUUCGAUGGCUGUGAAAGGUCGAGCUCUUAAGUGCUUUCACCUGCCCUACGUGGUUGAGAACUUUCCAAUGAAAGAGCGCACGGAAGAAGAGUUGAAAGAAUUAAAGAGAGUUUUGUGGCAAAAGAAGAUUGAAACAGAAUGUCUUAAAGUACGGAAAGAAAUUAUAGAGGUGCAGUCUGCAAUUACCUUGGCUAAAAAGCAUCAUGAAGAGGAGGAUGAAGAAGAAGAAGAAGAAGAAGAAGUGGCAGUAAAAAAUCCCAACUUGCCCAAUUACCUGCUUGGCAGUCUGAGUACUGAUUUUGGCGUACAAGCCUCUUUCUUGUCAAGCCAAUUGGAACUUCAUUCCAGAGAGGAGAAAAUCAACCAAAUUAUAUUACUGAAAGAUGUCAUUUACAAGGUAAAAACUGCUUUCAACCGUGAGUUUGAUGCUGCAUAUAAACAAAAAGAGUUCGAAGUUGCACGUGUGAAGGAAAGAAAUAUAAGAAUUCAAGAAAUUAUUUUAGAUCUGGACUUGGAAGAAGUGAUCUGGCAACCAGAAUUUGAUGAUUGUGAGAAGCCAGAGAGAACUCUCGUUGUGGAAAACAAAGAGAUUACAGCUCAGAAAUUUAUUAAUCCAUGGCUGAAAGCCAAAACAGAAUUGACCGUGACCCAUGAAAUGGAGCAAUGGCUUCAGAAACGGGGCCCCAACACAAGGCACCGAGCCCUGAUGGACAUGAUGGGAGGAGUUCUGGAAGUCAAGAAGGAAGAUAUUUUGAGAAUGGUGAUUCCUCAACCUGCUUUCAUGGCAAAACCUGAUGCUCUGUGGUCUGAAGAAGAGAGGAAACAAUUCAAAGACUAUGAGAAGAAAGUCAAAGAGUUAAAUGAAGAAAGAGAUAAGUACAGAAAGUCAUUGGAGGCAGAAAUGAAGAAACUUCAAAACUCUAUUCAAGAAAGCACACAGAAUUUUGAUGAACAUUUGAAAAGACUCUUUGAAAGGAGAGUGAAGGCAGAGAUGGUUGUCAACCAGGAGGAACUGAAAAUUAAUAAUCUUGUAUUUUCUUUACUGUUGGAUGAAGAAAUAAGCUCCAGAGAAGCAUUCCUAAACAACUACCUUACAAGGAAGCAGGAGGAGAAAAACCAGACUUCAGAGGCCAUCCAGAAAGCCAGAGAAGACCUUGAUGUGUACAAGGAACACUAUGACAACUUGUUGGCAGAAGACAAAGUUCUGGAUCGCAGCUUUAAAAAAGAAUUUUCUGAAAUUCCCAGCCAUCAGGUGGAUACACUCUACAAACUUUUCAAACGCCGGCCAAGGAUUCACAAACAAAAAAUGCAUUCAGAUACGGCCGGUAUUGUGCCUUUUGGAGAGCGACCAGAAUCUGGGAAAUUGAAUAAGGAUGCAUUUGUCCAGUUAAUGAAAGCCAUGGAUGACUUGGACAAUAUUAAUAACAUGCCCGAAGGCUUGGACCCCUCAGUCUGGGAUCAUUUCUGCGUGACCAGACGAGCGAAAGUGGAAAAUGAACAGAAAGUAAAGCAGAAAGCUGCUGGCUUAAUGGAAAUGAUAACUUUCCUCCGGAGGAGAACAGAGGAUGAUGAGAAGUUGCAACAGGAAAUUGAAAAAGUGUUCCAUGAACAGAUGGUAUUACAGGAAGAAAAAGUGAGAUUCCAGUUGAAUUUGACAAUCCAAGUUCUCCUUAAACAAGGACAAGUGGAGCUGGAAAAUUUUCAGUUAAUGCUGGAGUAUCCUGAUGCAAUUCUUAUCAGCAAGAGCAUAAUUGAAGACUUGAAUUCUGUGAUUCGGACUCAAGGACAAAAGAAAGUUGCUAGCAUGAUGGAAAGUAAAGAUGUCCACAAAGGAAUAUUUCAAAUUGAGUGGGAACAUAGGAAAAUGGAGAUGGAAAUGGAAGAUCUAAAUCAGAAGGCUUGGGAUAUUCAGAUGCUGUUUUUUUCAAGAGAUCGUCAAAAGUACCUAAAUGAACCAAACUAUGAGACUCUGAUUGCCAUUCAGAUUGGAAUAAUGGAGCAAACCAUUGCUGUUUUAGAGAAGACCCACAAAAAGAAUGUGGAAAAUUGCAAAAAACUACUAAAAAAACUGGGAAGGUACAGCAAUCAAAAAGAUGUAGCAAAUUAUACUCUAAGCUGCAAUUUACGAGAAGAAUUGGUGGCUCUCUCAGAGAGAAAAGACAUCUGUAAUGCAAUAGGGUCUAAACUGACUUGUGAAAAGAUUGCCAAAGAACGAUAUGAAAACAUGAUGCAACACCAAAAGCUAACAAAAAUUGCAAAACAACAAGCUGAACAGAUUUCAAUACUGCAGGCUGAAGUUGAACGAUUAAGGAUGAAAACAUUUCCUGCUCUUGUUCAAAUAUAAAAAUGCUGGUGGGAAACACAAGGCAAUCAGUCAUUUAAAAAAUAAUUUCAUUUUAUUAAAAUGAUUUCUUUUUCUCCCAUAUCAGGAAAUUUAAGUAGAGCUGCUUCUUAGUUGCAUAUUUUUAAUA